ACCAGCACCUCUGUCUUCCUUCUCAUGGGCUUCUCUGAACAGCCAGAGCAGCAGCCUCUCCUUUUCAGACUCUUUUUGGCCAUGUACCUGGUCACCAUAUUGGGAAACCUGCUUAUCAUCAUGGCCAUUGGCUCUGAUACUCACCUCCAUACAUCCAUGUACUUCUUUGUGGUCACCCCGCCCUUCAUUGAUACUUCCAUUACCUGUACCAUUGUCCCCAAAGUGCUGGUGAACAUCCAGACACAGAACCACACCAUCUCCUACACUGGAUGCCUCGUGCAGAUGUACUUCUUCAUGGCAUUGACCCUGAUGGAUGACUUCCUGCUGGCCGUGAUGGCAUAUGACCGCUAUGUGGCCAUCUGCCUUCCUCUCCAUUACACAAUGAUCUUGCAGCCCCAAUGCUGCCAGCUGCUGGUGACUGCUUCCUGGCUGUGCUCCCACCUCCUGGCCUUCUCAUCCACUCUGCUGAUGGCUCAGUUCUCCUUCUAUGCCUCCCAUUCCAUCCCCCACUUUUUCUGUGAUCUUCUCCCACUCCUCAAGCUUGCCUGUUCAGACACCCAUAUCUUUCAAGUUAUGAUGUUCUUUAAUUCAGCCCUCUCAGGUGUGGUCCCUCUCAUCUGUGUUCUGGUCUCUUAUGCCCACAUCAUCCACACCAUCCUCAAGAUUCCCUCUGCUGGGGGUAAGCACAAAGUCUUCUCUACCUGUGGCUCUCACCUGACAAUGGUCACUGUCUUCUAUGGGACCCUCCUUCUGGUGUAUUUCCAGCCCUCAUCCUCCUACUCAGCAGGGACUGGAAUGGUGGCAUCUGUGACAUACACGAUGGUCACCCCCAUGCUGAAUCCCUUUAUCUAUAGCCUACGGAACAGGGAUAUAAAGGGAGCUUUGUGGAAACUUCUUGCCUGGAGAACAUGCUCUACUCCAUAA